UCCCCGCUGCUCUCCCUCCCCUCCCUCGGGCUGGUGGCCAAAGGACCUCCAAAGGGUCCAAACAGCACGGCGUUGUCCUUGUUCCUCCCUCCAACAGACCCAAGGGUAUCUCGGCGUGCUGGAGAGAUGCUGCUGGUCCCGGCGAUCGCAUAGCAACGUGGCGGCGGAGGAGGCUCAGCCCCAGCAUGCAGCCCUGUCACGGGCACUUCUCUGCUGAUUCACAGCCCCUGCUCCCGGCUGCUGCCCGCCUUCCCGACCUGGCAUGCUCGGAAGGUGCCCGGGGUCCUCCCCGUCCCCAUGAGCGGCGGUGCCCAUGCAGCCCCUGGUGAUGCAGGAAUGGCCCUUCGUCGUCCCGCGGUGUCCUGAGUGGCGCGUGGCUGAGCAGGCGCGGCGUGGAUCUGCUGCCCACCCGCUGUCCCAGGUUAAAGGCUCUCAGGAUGGCACAGGAGCUUCGUGUGUAACCCCCCGGGUUCCUGACAGUGCUGCUGGGCCGCAGGCCCCUCUGGAGAUGAAUCUUUGUUGGAACGAGAUCAAAAAGAAAUCUCACAGCCUUCGGGCUCGUCUGGAGGCGUUCUCCGACCACAGUGGGAAGCUGCAGGUGCCCCUCCAGGAGAUCAUCGACUGGCUGGGCCAGAAGGAUGAGGAGCUGUCGGCACAGCUGCCCCUGCGUGGCGAUGUGCUCCUGGUGCAGCAGGAGAAGGAGACGCACGCGGCUUUCAUGGAAGAGGUGAAGUCCCGGGGGCCGUACAUUUACUCUGUCUUAGAGUCAGCGCAGGCUUUCCUCUCUCAGCAUCCAUUUGAGGAACUGGAAGAGCCAACUUCAGAAAGCAAAGAUGUGUCUCCCCGGCACCGCAUCCAGAACAUCAGCCGCUUCGUCUGGAAGCAGGCGAACGUAGCCAGCGAGCUGUGGGAGAAGCUGACAGCCCGCUGCGUGGACCAGCACCGGCACAUCGAGCGGACGUUGGAGCAGCUGCUGGAGAUCAAAGGGGCCAUGGAGGAGCUCAGCACAGCGCUGGAUCAGGCUGAGAGCGUGCGUGAAACCUGGGAACCCAUCGGGGACCUCUUCAUCGAUUCCUUGCCAGAGCACAUCCAGUCGACCAAGCUCUUCAAAGAGGAGCUCUCUCCCAUGAAGGAUGGGGUGAAGGUGGUCAAUGACCUUGCACACCAGCUCGCCAUCUCCGAUGUCCACCUGUCCAUGGAGAACUCUCGCACCCUGGAGCAGAUCAACACACGUUGGAAGCAGCUGCAGGCCUCCAUCAACGAACGCCUGAAGCAGCUCCAAGAUGCCCACCGGGACUUCGGGCCGGGAUCCCAGCACUUCCUCUCCUCCUCUGUUCAGGUUCCCUGGGAGCGAGCCAUUUCCCCCAACAAAGUGCCAUACUACAUCAACCACCAGGCACAGACCACGUGCUGGGACCACCCAAAGAUGACAGAGCUGUACCAGACGCUGGCGGAUUUGAACAACAUCAAGUUCUCAGCCUAUCGGACAGCUAUGAAGCUGCGGCGGGUGCAAAAAGCCCUGCGAUUGGACAUGGUGACCUUGGCCACGGCCCUGGAAAUCUUCAACGAGCACGACCUGCAGCCCAGCGACCGCGCGAUGGACGUGGUGGAGGUCAUCCACUGCCUGACCUCCCUCUACGAGAGGCUGGAGGAGGAGCGGGGCAUCCUGGUGAACGUGCCGCUCUGCGUGGACAUGAGCCUCAACUGGCUGCUCAACGUCUUCGACAGUGGCCGCAGUGGGAAGAUGAGGGCUCUCUCCUUCAAGACGGGCAUUGCAUGUCUGUGUGGGACAGAGGUCAAGGAGAAGUUUCAGUACCUCUUCAGCCAAGUGGCAAACGCAGGCGGGCUGUGUGACCAGAGGCAUCUGGGUGUGCUGCUGCACGAGGCCAUCCAGGUGCCACGGCAGCUGGGUGAGGUGGCAGCGUUUGGGGGCAGCAACGUGGAGCCCAGCAUCCGCAGCUGCUUCCGAUUCAGCCAUGGGAAACCUGCCAUCGAGGCAGCCCAGUUUCUGGAGUGGGCCAACCUGGAGCCUCAGUCUAUGGUGUGGUUGGCCGUGCUGCACCGCGUCACCAUGGCAGAGCAGGUGAAGCACCAGACCAAGUGCUCUGUGUGCCGGCAGUGCCCCAUCAAGGGCUUCAGGUACCGCAGCCUGAAGCAGUUCAACGUGGAUAUUUGCCAGACCUGCUUCCUCACUGGGCGAGCCAGCAAGGGCAACAAGUUGCACUACCCCAUCAUGGAGUACUACACCCCGACCACCUCCAGCGAGAACAUGAGGGACUUUGCCACCACGCUGAAGAACAAGUUUCGGUCCAAGCAGUACUUCAGCAAGCACCCACAGAGGGGGUACCUGCCUGUGCAGUCCGUGCUGGAGGCUGACUUCUCUGAGACACCAGCCUCCUCCCCGAUGUUGCCUCACGCUGACACGCACUCUCGGAUUGAGCACUUUGCCAGCAGGCUUGCAGAGAUGGAAAACCAGAACUGUUCCUUCUUCAGUGACAGCCUGUCCCCUGAUGAUAGCUUGGAUGAGGACCAAUACUUGCUGCGUCACUCCAGCCCCAUCACGGACCGGGAGCCUGUGGGCAGCCAGCAGGUCCCAGGCAGCCUGCCCAUGGAUGAUAAGGGGGAGCUGGAGCGCAUCCUGGCCCACCUGGAGGAUGAAAACAGGAUCCUCCAGGGAGAGCUGAGGCGUUUGAAGUGGCAGCACGAUGAGGCAGUGGAAUCCCCAACCUUGGCUACGAGUUCCCCCGAAUUGGUGCAGGACCCACGCAACGAGGAGCUCCUGGCAGAGGCUCGGAUCCUCCGGCAGCACAAGAGCCGCCUGGAGACCCGCAUGCAGAUCCUUGAGGAUCACAACAAGCAACUGGAGUCCCAGCUGCACCGGCUGAGGGAGCUGCUGCUGCAGCCUCCAGCAGAGUCAAAUGGCAAUGGUUCAGCAGCAUCUUCCUUGGCUUCAUCUCCACAUCAGUCUGAAGGCGGCCAGGCGAGGGAUAAGGAGCACGACACCCCUGACACCGAAGCAGCAGCAGAUGAGGUGGAAGCCAAAACACAAGAAGUCAGCGUGUGCCUGGAGGACAUCAUGGAGAAGCUGCGCAGCGCCUUCCCCAACUCUCGAGGUACUCGGGUGAAAUCCCCCUCGCUGGCGUCCUACUGCUCCAUCAGAUGAGGUUUUUUCCCCUGCGGAGCCCUGCCCCGAUCCCACCCUCCCCACAUGGACCGAUUCCCCCACUGCCACAAGCACGGAGAGGAUGAGGAGGAGCCCUCCCACCUGCGAGGGCAGCACUCGGAGCCGCAAGCUGGGCAGAGGUGUUGGCUCCUUUCUGCCCUAUGGGCUCUGUGCUGCGGAUGGACAGAGUGACGGCAGCGAGGCUGCGGUGACCGCCUUCAGGAGAGGAACAGCAGCAGUAUGAGCUCUCGUGGCUGCGCAAGGAAAGCUCUUCCAGCAGGGAUGGUUUGGGGUUGGGAUGGAGGUGGGGCUGCUUUGUGACCGCCUGCUGAAUGCCCAUGCAUACAGCAAGGAGAUGCUCCUUGGUGCCAGCAUUAACACGCCACAGGGCAGUGCUGCCCCGUCCCACCCCCACCUUCUAACACCUCCUCCCUUCCCAUCUCUCUUGCAGGUAUGACCUCCCUUAUCUAACACCUCCAGAGGCUUUGCCUAACCACUGCCCAGCUGCUUCGCCCCCUCCUCUCCCCAUGCUCGUGAGCUGCAGGAGAUCUCAGGGGAACAUCGGGGCUGUGGGGUCACAGCACUGCUCGCAGAGAGGCUCAGAAGGAAGAGCUGCACGGCACACAGAGCUCAGCACCCUGCUCCUCUCUGGUUCUGCCCUUUAGGGUGAUGGGCACCAUAACGCUCCUGCAGCCACCGAGCAGCCUCCCAGGGGCUGAGCCAACUCUGUAACAGCAGCCGACUGCCGGCCUUGUGGAUGGGACUCUGAGAGGUGCUGGGUUUGUGGGGUAGGGACGAGCCCACACCAGAGCUUCAGCCCAACUAGUAGCCUUAUCUUGGGAGGAUCUUUAUAACAGAGCCUUAUCAUUUAAUUUGCAUAUAUUUCUAUAUAUUAUAUAUAUAUUCUGUACUUAAAUACUCUCACGGACUCAUGCCAUUAAACCCUAACACUGA